CAAGAACACCGCUUGUAUUUAUGACUUUAACCGUUAGUUUAAGACGUGUUUUUAACGGUCCGACCCGUUAGCGUUAGCCGGGAGGGGCGGGAGGAGGAGGGGGGGGGUAGCUUGUUUAAAAUCAUUAACAAAACCGGAAAGUCCAGAAAACGUUAAAACAUCCUCAACUUUUGUUUUAUAAAAGCCACAUUAUCAGCUAACGUUCACACGACCGGGGGUUUAUAAACAAGAGGCGGUAACCGAGCGACACCGACACCCAACGUUUUAUUUAAAAUGAAACAUUUCAAAAUAAAAGACCUAAAGCUGUGUUUUAAAAUAAAAAUACACAGAUGUAAUGUGUGCAGACUUACCCCCCAAAUCCGGUUAUAAAACAAGCUUCUAGAGGAAACUAACCAUCUUCACGUUAGUGCUUCGUGUGUUGUGGGAAACCAGCUAUAUCCAAAAGAUAAGUCCGAGCCUUAAAAUGUGGAUUUUAGUACAAAAACAACAACUCGUUUCCACGCAAAAUAAAACAAAUAAAAAUAAAAUAAAAUAAAAAAAAACGUGUUGUUUUCCCCCUUUCCAGUACGCAGUGGCCUCUUGGUCAACUUUACUACAGUGGUGGAAAAACUUUGCCCAGUUGUGUGUGUGUGUGUGUGUGUGUGUGUGUGUGUGUGUGUGUGUGGGGGGGGGUGACCACCAGCUUUUUUGGCCCGCCCAGUACGAGCAUGCGCGUUCACGUCACCGCGACACCAACCCCGCACUUCCUGCUCACAGGCGGGAUCAGAUACUGCACACGCACAGUCCCGCAUCCCAGAUAUGAGGAUGGUGGACCCUCGACGCGGAGGCCUACCCGGAGAGGGCGUGGUAGGAGAAGUCAGAUGAGAUCCAGAUCUCCACAGGCUCGGCCACUCCAUCGCUUGGAGCCCUGGGGAAGUGGAAGCGACCCUGACGCUGCUCCACAAAUGAGCCGCUUCAUGCCACGGAGAACACCAGGAGCCCAGGUGGACACUCACGCAGCCUGUACACCUCUGGACCUGUUUCAGCUGUACUUCUCCCCAACCACAGUGCGAACACUCUGCACCAACACCAACAAGCGUGCAGCAAAGAGCAAGGAAAUGGGGAAGAAGUACAAAUGGGCUGAUGUUGAGGUUGAAGAGCUCUACAAGUUCCUCUGGCUCCUUACUUAUACAUCUCUGGUGCCACUGCCAAGCAUCACAGAUUACUGGAAACAGAACACCAUUACAUGCCGUGCCGUUUCCAGCUACAGUGAUGGCGAGGGACCGUUUCAGGGCUCUGCUUUGGAACAUCCACCCCAGUGACCCAGAGGAGGACAAAAAAAAUGAUGAGAAGAAGGGAACACCAGAGUACGACAGGCUGACUCAAGCAAUGGCUACAUAGUGAAUUUCAACAUUUAUACAGGAAAAACACACACACACACACAGAGUGCAUGGGCUCUCAUAUGAUGCUGUGAUGCACCUGAUCCGUGCCUACAACAGGAACAUGGGUGGUGUUGAGCUGUCCAACCAGCUGCCGCAGAACCUGUAUAUAGUAUAUAGUUUGAUUACACCUCAAUUUGGAUAUAGUUUUGAUUACAUCGCAAUUUUACCUCUUAUAUUACAUUUGCACUAUUUGAGACUUUGAGGGAAUACAAAACACUGGUGUAGCUCUGUUUAAUUUUGCACUUACUUUGUUUUGAAGACUUGCAGGUGGCAAGGUAAAAACACCUAUAAAUAUACAUGCUUUUUAUGGUAAAUAUUUGUGUAAAGUAUUACUUUACUUCAACUUUACAUUUAUUUGUUCAUAUUUGCAACCUAUGUUUACUUUUUCAAGUUCCAAAAGAGUUCAUUGAGCAUGUUUGUGUUUUUUAUUGUAAUAAAUUGUAUAUUUUUUAAAUCUGUGUAUUUUUGGGCCCAAUGUGUUAAUAAAGUAGGUCAAAGUGAAAAAAUAAUUAUCUGAUCAUAUAGAUGACGUGAAAAAAAGUUACCAAGCAUGGGUAUGGCAAACAUUUUUUUAUGUGGUAUGUAAAGGCAAAAUCAAUAUAUAUCAGUAUUCAAAAAUGGCCAAAAUGGGCUCAGACCCCAAUUCUGUCUGUAUUAUGUAUGUUUUACAUGUCUUUAACAAUCACACACACUUAAAAGGCUUCCUUUUUUUGACAUAUUCAGCUGAGUAGGAGUUAUUUGGAUGAAUUUUGAGCAGAUUAUUUCCUGUUAAGGGAAGUUUUUAUACAAUUCUCUGUCUGCUUGAUGCACUUCUAUCAUUAUUUUAGGCUUCUCUUUUGACAUUCUGUGUUUUGACCAUUAUUUUAUUAGACAAUUUACUUUACAUUUACUUUUCUUCAUAGAAGUGAUCUAAAUGCCGAAAUAUAGGCUUAGUGUGUAUAUUUUUUUAAAGUUUUCUUACAUCUCUUCAAAUCAAGAAGACCUGGAAAAAAACCCCAGUGAAGCUAGUGGUUGGGGAACCACUGCCCAACAUCUCUAGUCUAGAAUAGAUUAACAUUAUUAUGAACUGUUUUAAUAUAAAAACAAAAAUAAUCAUAUUUUUGCCCUUUUACAGGCUGCUUGCGUGUUUUAAUGUAAACUGUGUUUUUAUCUGAAUGUCUCAUAUUUCCUGCAGAGAGAAUUAAAGAUUAACCUUUUAGAGCUUUGGCUUAGGGGCAUGGUCAUCUCAUAGGAGGACAACUUUAAUUCAAGUACUACAAGAAAACACAAUAUUCUGAAAAUAUUUCCAUUUCUAACAUCAUAUAUACACUUUUACAUUAUCUGCGUUUAUAUAUCAUCUUUGUUGUUCGCAGCCAAACAACAAAUGAAGCCCCGAACCCUCCUUUCUUCUUAUCAACCCUUUCAAUGCCAUUUGCAGGCACAUUUUGACCUUUGCCAUUUGUUUUUAAAAAAAAAUAUAAUUGUGUUUUGGUUUUAAAUGUAUACGAACGGAUAGUUUAAAUUAAUGGGAAACAACUAGAAAAAUAAAGAAAAAGAAUAAUCUUGACAUCAUGUUGUGAGUGAGAGAGAGAAAACAAGAAAUAUCUUUUGUUAAAUAUUAUAAACAAUAUUGCUACAUGACUUUGUUUAUUUCUUUUUUUGAAUUGUGCCAAUUGUUUUCAUCUUUUUGUUUGCUCUCUCUUGAUUUAGUAUCAUGUAUGUAUGUAUGGAUAUAUGAUUUUAUACUUGUGUGUUGUUGUAUUGUUAUUUUAAGUGUUGUAACUUUACUAUACUGCUGAUAAAGAAUAAAUACAAUAGAAAAUGUU